GUUCAUUCUAGCUUUCCAUUUCAUGUUGGCAUAUUGCGAUGAUUUAUAUUGCAGUGCUAAAAUUUUAAUUACAAUCUAAACUUUCAAAGGAAAAAAUAGGCAUGAAAUUGCUCGGUUUGAUUAUUACGGUAGUUAUAUCUCUGUGCAUGGUUCAUGGUUAUGAUUUACCAGAUCUGCCAUUCAAGAGGCUCGUCAUUAAAUCAGCUACUACAUCCAAACAAUUAUUGGCUUCAAAAAAUGUAAAAGCUCGUAAAUACAGUCCGAAACUUGACUACAAAUAUAAAGGAGCGACUAAGAAACAGCCAGCUGAUGCUGGUUCCGUUCCGAUUGGAAUUGAAGAGCAGAUCACGGGAGGGGCUCGAGCCGCAAAAAAGAAAUUUCCCUGGCAGAUUUUAUUGGUUGGAGACGGCUCCUGGAUCUGUGGAGGCUCCCUUAUUUCUACUGAAUGGGUUCUUACUGCUGCCCACUGCGUUUUUGGAGGAACAAACUUCAUGAUAAGUGCAGGAGGAGUUAUCGCAAAUAGAUUCAAAGAAAGAGGCGAGCAAGUUUGGAACUCUACAACAGCAAUUUAUCAUGAGGAAUAUGACGAAACAACCGCACAGAACGAUAUCGGUCUUGUCCAAGUGUCAUUCAAAUUUGACAAAUUUGUUAGUGCAAUCCGCCUGCCCAAAUACUCGCAGGCAACAAAUUCGUUUGCUGGGAUUGCCGUUGUAAUCUCUGGAUAUGGACAAACCGCUGACAGUGGCUCCGCUAGCCGGUUUUUAAAGUUUGCCAAUAUGAAGACGAUUACGAACGCUCAAUGCGCCACUCUUUAUGAUGCGACCUUUGUCACUGACAGUGUCAUUUGCAUUGGGCCGGAAAAAGUGAAAUCAGCUUGUUUUGGGGAUAGCGGAGGCCCACUUAUGAUGCGUGAAAGUGACAAGAAGUACACAAUCAUUGGAACUGUGUCUGGAGGGCCCGAAAAGUGCGUUGGAUACAUCAGCACCUUCGCCAGGGUCACCAGCUUUUUAGGCUGGAUUUCUGAGAAAACAAGCAUUGCUAUCGAAAAUUGAAUACAAAUUUUGGAUAAAAAAUUGAUAUGAUUCGCUCAAUUUAUGAUGCGUUUAUAAGUAUUUUUCCUUGAUUUCGACUCCUUUGGUCUAUUCAAAUAUUUGCGAAACAUGAAUUGAAAUAAAAUCUACUGGUGAAUUAAA